CAAAGACCUUAAUUCAGAGAAGAGCCCAUUUCAACGUACUUACGCAGCUCAGAUUAAAAGAUGUGGAGAGAUGGCACGAAAAAUACGUUUCUUCAGAGAUCAAAUGUCAAAAGCAGGAGUUCCUGCCAAGGAAAUGCUAGUGAAAGAAAAUGACAUUGACUUGGAUGAUGUUGAGGUAAAGCUUGGAGAGCUAGAAGCUGAACUUGUUGAAAUCAAUGCGAAUAAUGACAAGUUGCAGCGCUCCUAUAAUGAGCUUAUGGAGUACAAGUUGGUUCUUCAGAAGGCUGGUGAGUUCUUUUCUUCUGCUCAUAGAAGUGCCACAGAUCAACAAAGUGAGAUAGAAUCACAACAAGCAGGUGAAGAUCUGCUGGAGUCUCCUUUGUUACAGGAAGAGAAGUCCAUUGAUUCGACAAAGCAAGUAAAGCUUGGAUUUCUUACCGGAUUAGUGCCUCGUGAAAAGUCUAUGGUGUUUGAGAGGAUUCUAUUCCGUGCGACUAGGGGCAACAUCUUUAUCCGACAGACUGUCAUUGAGGAGCCGGUCAUUGAUCCCAACACUGGGGAGAAGGCUGAGAAAAAUGUUUUUGUUGUCUUCUAUUCCGGGGAAAGAGCGAAAAGCAAAAUUCUUAAAAUAUGUGAAGCUUUUGGGGCUAAUCGUUAUCCUUUCAGUGAGGACCUUGGAAAACAAGCUCAAAUGAUAACCGAGGUUUCGGGUCGAUUAUCAGAGCUUAAAACCACGAUAGAUGCUGGGUUAGGUCAACGUAACAUUCUUUUGCAGACCAUUGGAGAUAAGUUUGAGCUAUGGAACCUCAAGGUACGCAAAGAGAAAGCUAUCUAUCAUACAUUGAACAUGCUUAGUCUUGAUGUGACGAAGAAGUGCCUCGUGGCCGAGGGCUGGAGUCCUGUCUUUGCAUCAAAUGAAAUUCAAGAUGCAUUACAGCGUGCUGCCGUUGAUUCCAAUUCUCAAGUUGGAUCAAUUUUCCAGGUCCUAAGGACCAAAGAGUCACCACCAACUUAUUUUCGCACAAACAAAUUUACUUCUGCAAUCCAGGAAAUUGUUGAUGCGUAUGGUGUGGCCAAGUAUCAGGAAGCCAAUCCAGGUGUAUUCACAAUUGUUACCUUCCCCUUCCUUUUCGCUGUUAUGUUUGGUGAUUGGGGGCAUGGAAUAUGUAUUCUGCUUGCAACGAUGUACUUGAUAUUGAGAGAAAAGAAACUUUCCAGCCAGAAACUUGGGGAUAUUAUGGAAAUGGCUUUUGGUGGGCGUUAUGUCAUUUUGAUGAUGUCACUCUUCUCAAUAUACACUGGUCUAAUCUACAACGAGUUCUUCUCUAUACCAUACCCAUUGUUUGCUCCUUCAGCCUAUGAUUGCCGUGAUACCUCUUGCAGCGAGGCUACAACAAUUGGUUUGAUAAAGGUCAGAGACACUUAUCCAUUUGGUCUAGAUCCUGUGUGGCAUGGAAGUCGCAGCGAGCUGCCAUUCCUGAACUCGCUGAAGAUGAAAAUGUCAAUCCUUCUCGGAGUUUCUCAAAUGAACCUCGGAAUCAUAAUGAGCUACUUUAAUGCUAGAUUCUUCAAAUCAAGUGUAAAUAUAUGGUUCCAGUUCAUUCCCCAAAUGAUAUUCUUGAACAGCUUGUUUGGCUAUCUCUCGGUCCUCAUCAUCAUAAAGUGGUGCACUGGUUCUCAAGCAGAUUUGUAUCAUGUAAUGAUAUAUAUGUUCCUGAGCCCAAUGGACGAGUUAGGAGAGAAUCAACUGUUCCCUCACCAGAAAACAGUGCAGCUUCUGCUUCUCUUUCUGGCCCUUGUUUCUGUUCCGUGUAUGUUGCUUCCAAAGCCGUUCAUCUUGAAGAAACAACAUGAAGCUAGGCAUCAAGGUCAGUUAUACGCACCUCUUGACGAGACAGACGAGAGUCUUCAUGUAGAGACAAGCGGAGGAUCCCAUGGGCAUGAGGAGUUUGAAUUCAGCGAGAUAUUUGUGCAUCAGCUGAUUCACACCAUAGAGUUUGUGCUUGGAGCUGUUUCCAACACCGCUUCUUACCUGCGUUUAUGGGCUCUCAGUCUUGCCCACUCAGAGCUAUCAUCAGUCUUCUAUGAGAAGGUCCUCCUUCUCGCUUUUGGUUACAACAAUGUGUUGAUCUGGAUCGUUGGGAUCAUCGUGUUCAUAUUCGCGACCGUGGGAGUGUUGCUGGUGAUGGAGACACUAAGCGCGUUCCUUCACGCGCUGCGUCUCCACUGGGUUGAGUUUCAGAACAAAUUCUACGAAGGAGAUGGUUACAAGUUCGCUCCUUUCACUUUCGUUUUCACCGCAAACGAAGACGAGUGAUGUGAUUCAUUCCUCUCAUACGCUGCAUUUUGCAUAUAUAAGGUACAAACAUGUUUGAUUUCUUUCUAUUAAAAUCCAAUAUAUUUU